AUGGCGCAGAACACAGCAUUGUUGGAGACCAUCUCCGUGUCGCCCCCCUCUUCCGUCGCCACGAACCUCCCGACGAUAAAGAUUGGCACGCGCCGCUCUGCCCUCGCCCAAAUCCAGGCCCGCGCCGUGGAGAAGCAACUGAAAGAUGCCUUUCCCGACCGAACAUACGCCAUACAUGCGGUCUUAGCACAAGGGGAUAAAGACAAGGUCACUCCACUCCAGCAGCUAUCACAAGGUGAGAAUGCGAAGAGUUUGUGGACCGGAGAGCUGGAGGCGAUGCUGGAGCAAGGCGACCUGGACAUGAUUGUUCAUUGCUUGAAAGACAUGCCUACCCAACUCCCUCCGACCCUCACCCUUGGUUGCAUAUGCCCUCGAGAAGACCCCCGCGACGUCCUCUGCGUAAGCCCCAAGCUCGCCUCUACCUGCAAAGAUCUUGCUUCCCUCCCUGAAGACUCCGUCAUCGGUACAUCUUCCGUUCGACGUGCAGCGCAACUGCGGCGUCUAUACCCGGGUCUCAAGUUCGCCGACCUCCGUGGCAACGUCCCAACACGGCUUGCGAAACUCGAUUCCGAAGACUCACAAUUCGGGGGCAUCAUACUUGCAGCAGCCGGACUAAUUCGACUAGGGUUACAAGCCAGGAUCACGCAGUACUUGAGCAAAGACAGUGGAGGGAUGCUACACGCUGUUGGCCAAGGUACGCUGGCGAUUGAGGUGCGGUCGAAUGAUACCGCUAUGAAGGAGCUUCUGGCCAAAGUUGGCUCGGAAAGGAACGCGAGGGCGUCUCUGGCCCAACGCGCCUUGCUGAGGGCCUUGGAGGGCGGAUGUAGUGUUCCAAUUGGUGUGGAAACUGAGUGGAAGAGCCCAAAGAAAGGCGUAGCAACAGGCAUAGAGCCUGCGCGAGAGUAUGGGCAGGACGGGAAGGCCCUUGAAGAAGAACAAGACGAUGAUGAGGUCGGUGACGACGAAGAACUGCUUCUUCGAGCUAUAGUGGUCAGCGUUGACGGCAAGGACUUCGUGGAGACGGAAAUGCUACGAAAGGUGGCAUCAGUGGCAGAAGCGGAGACGUUUGGUCAAGACAUCGCGAAGAUAUUGGUCGCGAAGGGUGCCGACAAGAUCCUGGAAAAGAUCAGCAAGGACAAGCAGUGGGAUGCUAAGAAGCGACUAGAGGCAGAGGCGUCCAAAUGA